AUACCUUCGCAUAGGCCGAUCUCGUCGGGACGUUCCGUUUAUUCUCAGUUCUUAGCGAUCGCGCUCCGUUUCUCGAGAGGAUCCGCAGAUCUCGUAGGACCCGCGAAAAAGGAGUACCGCAUGGACGAUCGAACGAACGGAUCAGCGACAGACGGAUAAGAGAUUUCGAGGAACGAUCGGCGACUCGGUGAGAGUGCGCGAGUGCGAUCAAACGCUCUAUCAAACUCUGGAGGCUCCCCUCUCUUUCACCAAGAUCGGUCGAUCCAGGAUCGGGGAAACGUUCUUUCGCGUCUCUGGAAUCGCGAGAAGAGGAAGAUAAGAGGAGAUCGCGGUAAACAAAGACACGUGACAUCCUGUUUUCGUAACUGAUAGGAAAAAAAAUUGUAAGAUCUAAACGAGACUUCCGUACAAGGUUCGAAUUGUGCGGUUUUUCAGCGGGCCCGUAGAAUCUGCGAAUUCGGGAAAAAGUACGUGGAUACUCGGGACGAACGAUCGAGAUUCCUCGCGAAGCGAUCGGAAAAAAUUCCUCUUUCCUCUCCUCUCCGAUGAUCGAUCAAUGAGAAGACUCGCGUUGGUGAGAUUCACGAAGAUGGACUUCAAGUAGCAGUAGCGGACGACCGGCGAGCCUUCGAGUUCUCUCGAUCCGUGUUGUGUUUCUGCUAUGAGUAUUCCCCGAGUAUUCCUCCUCCCGCUCGUUCUGAACGCCUUGUCGCGCAAAUAAGAAGGUGAACGUAUCGAAACCCCCCUACCAUUCUUUUUAUUGCAUCCCCCCACCUGGGAGUAAAACACCUAACGCAGCAAACGUUCCCUCCGAAGAGAAAGAGAGAGACACACACACAAACAGGCGAUCGCCGAUUCUCUCGACCGGGAUUCUUUAUCGGGAAGAACUUCGCUGUGCUUCUCCGACACUGCGACACGAUGACCGGUAAAACAAUACGGCACCUGUUGUACACCCUGUUGAUGAUCGUCGGAGUCGUUCGCCGGAGCAAAUGCGAGGUUUUCGAUCUGCCGUUGAGAGUCGAGCACGACGAAUACCUCAAGGAGUAUUUGUUCAUCGACGAAAGCAAGUAUCACGCUGACCUGCAGGAAUUCGACGACACGACGGUCGAGAUAGAUCUGAUCAAUCGUAACCGGAAGCACAUUCUGUCGCACGAGGAACCCAGGGUGCUAUACCAAGUCGGGAACAGCGAGAAGGAGUUACCGGAGUGUGCGGACCGGAGCGAGGUAUGUAGCAAGGUGGAUUUAUAUGGUGCACCGUGGGUCGAGAGACAAUGUCGUUGCCCGAACGGCCGUGCCUGCCCCAGCAGUCUUCAUAGGGACGACGGACACACGAUCGUCGAUAAAACGCGCCGCUACAAGCUCUGCGAGCCCGUGAAACGACUUCCCAUCUGUCAUUAUUUCAAAGACAUUACGUGGACAUUGGCACCUGGAGGUGGCCCAGGGAACGCGACAGUGCAACGUGUCUACUGUCGAUGUCGGCCAAAUAGCGUGCCAUAUUUAGUGCGUAGACAACCUCACAAAUCGCCGGAUGGAAAUCAUGGCUUCGUCUAUGCCUUCGCCUGUUCUCCGCAAAGCAAAAUACGAUGCCAGCAUAAGGAGCCCUGUCGCCUGUUCACCGUUCGCAAAAGACGCAACUCGCAACUCGAGGAGGUGAACGCCUCGCCUCUCUGUCAGUGUCCCCGGGGACACCGGUGCCCGCGGAAGCACACGGAUCCCGGUUCCACGCCGGCGCGAUCCUACGCCGGUGUCCUGGAGAUCAAGACUUACAGCGGCUACUGCGUGCCGUAUCAUGGCUACGAAAAAAUGACCUAUGGCAUUUGAGAGAGGCCACUAUGCAUUAGAAACGACCUCUCGCUGCAGCGACGGAUCCGGGACGUCUGCCAAACGAAAAUCCAAGUUUCAAUGGAUUACUCAUACCUUUAUCAUACGUCCCCAUAAAAAGAAAGACGAUUGGUUCCCGAACCACGAUGGGUCAGGUCCAUCUUUUCAAGCGCGCAACAAUUGGCCAUUCGGUACCUGCCGAUUGUCGAAACGUUGCCGUAAAAUCGCAGAGGCGGCUUCCACCAAUUCCCGAUCGUGGCGACGAGCGCGUUCGGAUGAUCUUUCGAGGAGAGCUCAUCCGAACGUGUUCUUCCUUUAGUAAUUCUUUUCCUCUUUUUCUUUCUUUAUUCUUUUCGUCUUGAACGAAGCGUUGACGCUCUUGAUCCGCUCCGUAGACAGGAAGUGUCGCGUAGGAAUCGCGAACAACGGGAAAUUAACAUACGUGUCGAUCGGUCGGCUGUACCAGCCAUGUGAUGCCGUGCCAUGUACAAUCCCCAGCGGCGUUGGCGAAUGUUAAGUGUAAAAAGUAAUGUACAGAAGAAUAUAUAGAGAUAAGAGAAUCGUGCCCGCCUACAGUUUUGUACAGUACGUUUCGAAACGAUCGCCUCGUAUUCCCGCAAUGUAACACGGGCCUCAGUUAUCGUGUCCCUCGGUCGUAAGCAACGGUGAGUCUUUUCUCUCUUAGUGCUACUGUUUUUUUUUUAUGCCGCUUCGUAGAAUAUUGCAGACGUUGCAGCUAUAUCAUCACAGUCGUUUUAAAUUUGUAUAUAUUCAUCUCUGGUCUUCCGAAAGUGUCUCAUUCGGGGAGUAUAUUGUAUAUGGUAGCAUCGCAAGACUAUUAGAAAGAGACUCUCUCGAUGUUAUUUGUUACUUUUACUU